AUGGCCUCCAUGCAGGACGGGCUGAACUUCACGGCUCCUCCCUACGGCAAGGUCCUGCUGCUGGGCGCUAUCGCUGCUGCGUCCGCCUUCGUUGUCACCAUCCUCAUAGUGGUGCUCUGCGUGGGCUGCCAGAGGAAGGGUAAGACGCACAAUGUCCCCGGCGAGGGCGGAAAGCACAGACUCAUGGACAUGGGCAUACUCAGGCAGUCCAAGCUGCGCUCCAUCAAGGCAUCUAAAAAGAACCGUCCAGCCAGCAUGGACCUCCUGCUGCUGCCCAGCCGCCGGUCUAACUCUGACCUUCGUUCUCAAGGCAGGCAACUCCCCCAGAUCCCCCCCGGAGGCGGAGAGGACGGUGAGCACACGUACUCCGAGGUGGGCCGCCGCUCCUCCGCCACGCGCACCGACGACGCCCUCUACGCCAUGGUGGGCAGGGCCGGGCAGACGGACACCCCGGCCCCACCGGCUGUGCCCGCUAACACGCCCGCACCGCCAGACCCGGACGGGGACGGUGUGGAGGGGGGCCUCCCGGAGCCCGAGGCCCAGGUCAUGUCUCCCCCGCACCCGCAGGAGACGGCCGAGUACGCCUGCGUCAGGAAGCUGAGGAAGGCUGACAAGGCCCCGCAGAAGAGGGACAGCGGCACGGACAUGGGGGAGCCGCCGGCGCCACCUCCGCGCCACGCGCCGCCGUCACAUCCCGCGCCCCCGCCGCCGCACCCUCACAGCACCAAGUUGCCCCGUAGAAACGUGGAGGCGUACAACCUUCCGUCCUUCCCCAAGGAAGCAGUGUUUAUGGGGAACGGGGAACAGUACAUUUGGAAGCCUCCAGAGGACGAUGACGUCAUCAUACCCCAAAACAAAACGUUAGGUCCGCUGAGCGCCCACACAGUGGAGAACAUACAACCUUCUGCUGCUGCGGUGGCAGAGAUGUACUCCAAGGUGUGUAAACCAGGGAAGAAGAAGAGAGCUGUGCCGGGGUCUCCACCGUCCAACCCCGGCUUCCGGACCUUGGGGCGCGGUGACCGGGAUCGAGACAGGGAUGGAGGGUUUAGCGUGGUGGUCAAACCACAGACCUGGGCCCCGCAGGAGGGCAAGGUGGCGGGCGGCGGGCCCCUCGACGAGCACUGCUACGAAUCCAUCGGGACGGAGGAGUGCGACCCGGCCUACGAGAACAUGGAGGGCGGGGGUGGCUGGAAGCGGGAGAGACCCCCCAACACCUGCGCCACCCUGCGGCCCCGGCGGAAGAAAGCCCAGCAGCCCUUGCAGCAGCAGCAGCCGCCGCCGCCGCCACCCACGCAGCAGACCCCCAAGUUACAGCACCUCCCCGCCAAAGCCCUGCUGCUGCCCGGGGAGAACCUGUACGAGAGCAUCGGAGACCUGAAGCAAGGCUCCGCUACGUCCAGCACCACCACCAUCUUCACCUUCAACGAUGGCAUGGAGAUGUACGUGACAGGGCUCUGA